AGGACCUCUUCUCAGUAGUGCACUCCUUCCUUCAUUCACAUUCCCUGAUCAGGGACGCAUGUGACUCUAGUGUGGCUUCAAGGAGUGCUGUGUCGACACUAAUAUGGGCCUGGCUGUCUGUCUCUGUUUGAGCUCCCUGUUCCUUGUAGCUGUUCUUGCAGUCCCACGUCGGACACCACCUGCCAAAGUGCGUUUGGCAGGAGUCGGGCGCAGAGACAACGAAGGCCGCAUUGAGGUGCUGCACAACAGUACAUGGGGAACUGUGUGCGAUGACGAGGUUGACAUUAAACUGGCAAAUGUGGUUUGUAAAGAACUGGGCUUUCGGGGGGCCAUCACAUGGGCACACAGUGCCAGAUAUGGAGAAGGAGAUGGGCCUAUUUGGAUGGAUAAUGUGCGCUGUGAUGGUUCAGAGAAAUCACUGAAAGAGUGCAAGUCAAACGGAUGGGGCAUCCACGACUGCAAGCACUCAGAGGACCUUGGGGUAGUGUGUAAUCCCGAGAGAAGGCUGGACCAAGUGGUUUCUGGAGGGCCUAGACGAAGCCCUCCCACUAGAAGCAAUGUUACCACCUCAAACCGGUGGCAUGACAUCUACUCUAAUUCAAGGGCCCCCUGGCAGGGUCAAUUAUCCAGACCCCAGUUUCAUGAUACGACUACCAGUAAAGUGAGGAUUCAGGAAGUCCGUUUGCGACCGGUUUUGACGGCUACGAAGAAACGUGCCCUAGUGACACAGGGUGUGGUGGAAGUGAAGCAUGCUGGGAGAUGGAGGCAGGUGUGUGACAAAGGCUGGAGUAUGAACAGCAGCAGGGUGGUCUGUGGCAUGCUGGGAUUCCCUGAUGCUGUGAAGCCCAACAUGAAGGCUUACAAAAAAAUAUGGGAUGAAAAGGUUAAGGAUCCAUCUACCAGGCUGAGUUUUAUGGCCAAGAAGAAGAGUUUUUGGGUGGAGAAAGUGCAUUGCUUUGGUACAGAGCCUGGCCUGACAGAGUGUCGUGCACAACUCUCCAUUCCCCAUAGUUCUACCCCAUGUAAAAAUGGACGCUAUGCAGUUGUCCACUGCAAACCAGGACCGCAAUUUUCACGCAUGUCCUCAGGCAGGCCUCAAGCCCCAUAUCCUAUCAAGCCGGCAGUACGUUUGAAGUCAGGACCUCGCUUGGGUGAAGGCAGGGUGGAAGUUCUGCGUGAAGGAAAGUGGGGAACUGUAGUUGAUCAUCUUUGGAAUCGUGUCUCUGCCAGUGUGGUGUGCAGAGAACUGGGUUUUGGUACUGCUAAAGAAGCCCCUACAGGAGCCUACAUGGGCCAAGGAACUGGGCCUAUCCAUAUGAACUCAGUGCAAUGUACAGGAAGUGAGCGCUCCAUCUUGGAUUGCAAUUUCCAACCAGUCCAGCCCUGGACUUUCAAACACACCCAAGAUGCAUCUGUCAGAUGUAAUGUUCCCAAGACAGGCUUGGAGACCACAGUGCGUUUAGUAGGGGGCAGAGACGUAGCAGAAGGCCGUGUGGAAGUGCUCAUGGAGGUUGGGGGCAGGAAGCGGUGGGGAGCAGUGUGCAGUGAGAACUGGGGCAUUAAUGAGGCAAUGGUAGUGUGCAGACAGCUGGGCUUUGGCUUUGCUGCACGCGCCCAUCAGGACACAUAUUACUGGCCCGGAGACCAAAAUGCCCAGGAAGUGGUGCUGAGUGGGACUCACUGUGUGGGCACUGAACUGUCCAUUCAGCAAUGCCGCAAAAACAGCAAUGUAUACUGUCCUCGUGGAGGAGGAUCCAGAGCAGCAGGAGUCACCUGCUCAGAAAUUGCCCCUGACCUGGUGGUGGAUGCACAACUGGUGCAGGAGUCAGCGUAUCUAGAGGAUCGACCACUUCACCUGCUCACCUGUGCCCAUGAGGAGAACUGCCUGUCUUCUUCAGCUAGCCGCAUGAACUGGCCUUAUGGUCACCGGCGUCUGCUGCGUUUCUCCUCCCGCAUCAUGAACCUGGGGAGAGCUGACUUCAGGCCCAAAGCUUCACGAGAAUCCUGGACAUGGCACCAAUGUCACAGGCACUACCACAGCAUUGAAGUGUUUACACACUAUGACCUUCUCACACUCAAUGGAACCAGAGUGGCAGAAGGACACAAAGCCAGCUUCUGUCUGGAGGACACGUAUUGUCCUGAAGGACUCCAGAAACGCUUUUCAUGUUACAACUAUGGAGAUCAAGGAAUUUCUGUGGGCUGUUGGGAUACAUAUCGUCAUGAUAUUGACUGCCAAUGGGUUGAUAUCACUGAUGUCAGGCCAGGAGAUUAUAUCUUUCAGGUGGAAGUGAAUCCGUCACUGGAUAUGGCUGAGUCAGACUUCAUGAAUAAUGUAAUGCGCUGUAGGUGCAGAUAUGAUGGUCACAGAAUCUACAUGUAUGGCUGUCAUGCAGGAGAUGCCUACAGUGCUGAGAUCGAAGACUUGUUCGAACACCAGCGUCAGAUCACUAAUAAUUUCCUCUGAGCCGUGUGCAGACAAUACCUGCUGUGACCAGUUACACUAUGGACUUUGAAAAAAAUAUCAGCUCUUUAUUAUUUUUCCUGCUGGGGGAGAAACAAAAUCAAAAAAAGUCAGAAUGCAUUGAUAAGUGGAGAUGUAGUAACUGUUUAUUUAACACCUCAGUGCUAAACAAUUACUGAAAAUGACUAAUAGAGCAGCCGAUUUAUUUAUAUUCACUGAUAAUUUUAUUGAAUGGUGGUGAAUGGGAGUCAAAAUGAUAUAUCAAGCUGUAAGAUAUAUAUCUUUGGAUUACUGUACUUAGGUCUAGACAUCUAUUAUCUGAAAAUAUUAACUGCAUCUUAUUUACUGAGUUCCAGCACAGUGAAUUUUAUUACACUACAUUCAUUAAUAUUCUUUGAGUGUUGCACUUUAUUUAUUGACCAUCAGUAUUCUCACAGACAUUGCCCAAUCAUCACCAUGGGGUCAGUUUAGUGGUCUCUGUUAAUUAUUUUGUUUAUUUGUUGUUUUAUUCAGUAUUUACCCCCUUCAUAUAUUUUUUCAUUUCUUUUCAUUCUUUCUUUCCAUCAAGCUAAUGAAUUUGGGAAGUUCCUGAAGUGGUUAUACCUUAUAAUAGACAUUGUACAGUAGAAAACUGCAAAUUUAUUUAUUUAAUGCUUUGUUAUGCUCAUUUUUAUAUUUGAAUGGAGGACAGGUUAUUUUAUUAAUCUUUAAAAUACACAUGUAUGAUUUGUAGUUAUUGUUUUAAUUCAGAAACAUCUUGAACUAUAUGCUAAACCUCAACCUAUCAGAAGCCUGAAGCGUAAGAACUAGUGCAAGUUGUAUGGUAAACAAUGUAAAGCUUUACUUACGGGAAUUGCAUAUGGUCAUGUUUAUGAAGCUAAGAAAAACAAAAUGUUUUAUGGUGCAGAGGUUUAAUAUCACAGCAAUUCAAUAUAAUAUAGAAUAUCUUUGGUCUUUUCUUUAUUCGGCCUAAAAAUCAGCCUUAAAGUCGAGCAACUGGCUUGUAAAUGUAUUAACUGAUGGAGAAACCAUCUAUAUUGAUGAGUAUUGUAUUAUUAUAAUCAAUCUUUAGCCUGUUUAUUACCUCAGUAACUUCCCUUUGAUGACAUUUACUAGCAGCCACUAACUAUACAGACAUUUUAGACCAUAAAUUGUACAUCUCAAUGGCAUUUUUUCCCUUAAAAUCUUGUACAUUUAAGUGACCUUUUCACCAGCUUACACAAAUUGCUUCUUUGAUACACUUUUACCAUAUACUGUAGUUAUCAUGUUUUAAAAGGUGCCAAAUGACUCACUGUUAUUUUCUUAAUGUAUUGAAUACUCUAGGAUUCUGGAGACAUCAUUUUUACAUGUUUACUUACACAUGCUUUUAUAAUGUACUCUGUAACAUUUUAUUCUACACUUGAUAUUUAUUUAGAAGCCCUCAUCACACAAUACUGUAUUCCCACUAUAAGGAAGCUGUAUGACUUGAUGCUAUUUGAUCCUCAGUUUACACUUUUCUUGAAACCCAAUUUCUGUCUAAACUCAGCUCAGUGUAACUAAUGCUCUUUAUCCCAUGCUCUCUCAGGGAUGAACCGUGUGUGUCGUUGGUUUUGUUCAAUAUUCUAGACAAAUGUUUGAUCAGAUUAAAGGUUCUAAAGCAUACUGGAAGAAUUAGAAAUCAAUAGUCCAAGCCAUUUCAGAUGCUGUUGAUCCUGGGUACUGAUUUCUUUCUUUCUUUCUCUCUCUCUCUCUCUCUCUCUCUCUCUCUCUCUCUCUCUCUCUCUCUCUCUCUCCCACCCCCCCCCAUCUUUUUUUUUGUUACUUAGUCAUAAAGGUGGCUUCUCACUGGUUGGCGGUCAUUGCACUACUGUUAAAGUUCAUGCAAAGACUGUGUUCUAAUGUGAAUGGAAAUAACUAAUCAGGUGCAAGUCAGCUAAAUGAAUAAAUGAUCAAUAAAUAGGAGUAUGUUUUUAACCAAAAUGUAUGUUCCUAUUACAUCAUAGUGGUAAACACAAAGCAACAAAAGACACUAUGUACUGUAUGUAUUAUCUUUACAUAUAUUUGGUGUAUUAUUUUAUAAUAUUUUAUAAUUUUGCCAUCAUUUUGGAAAAAUGUAUUCAUGUAAAUAUAAUUGUUUAAUUGUCUGAAAUAUUUGCUGCCUCCAUUAAUGUAGUAGAACAGGACGUUUAUUUUAAGGGCACAGCUGAGAAAACUUUCUAAUGAGUGGGUGGAUUUGAGUUGCUGGUUUACACACUGCUGUGGCGCUUAUCACCCAGCAUCAACAUGCAGGACUGCUAGCAAACUGACACCCACUGUGUUCUCAUUUUACUCUUGCAAACCAAAAGUAUGUCCUGUUUCCAAACAUGUUUGCAUAUGGAAUGCCAAAUUCUCUCCACCCUGCCCUCACUCGACAGAUAAAAAAGUUACAAGGACUACAUGACCAUAGACAAAGCAAAUAAACACAUGGGAGAGAUAAAACAUAUUGCAGGUCUAUUUUUCACAACUCCAAGUUGCUCUUUAGUAAAUCACAUUUUUCUCAUAUGAAUAUGAAAACAAAGAUUUUCCACAAAAACACCUUUUUCUAAUUCCAUCCUAUGAGAGUAC